AUGUCCGACAAGCAAGAGUACCAGCGCAACCCCACCUUCUACAGCGGCGAGGGCACCCCGGCACCGCAGGUGUACGCUGCGGGAGGUGCAGCCUACGCCCCGGGCAUCUACCAGCAGCAGCAGCAGCAGCAGCAGCAGCAGUUCCAGCCCCAGCAGCAGUAUGCGCCCUACCCGGGUCCCUACGUGCAGCAGCAGCACCCCGUCGUGGCCGUACAUAUGGCGCCCCCCGUCUAUCAUGACUACCACCACCACCACCACGACGAGCAUCUGGGCUGUGCCCGCCUCGGGUGCCUGCUGUCGUGGAUCCCGCUGAUCGGUCUGAUCACGUUCGUCCUCAACGUGGGCGCGCCGAUGGGCUCCCGCCGGCGAAGGCUCGCAUGGAUCUCCCUGUUCGUGGCGGCCUUCAUGGUCUGCUCGAGCCUGGGCCUCGUGUUCGUCCUCUACUUCACCGCCUUUGCCGCAGCCAACGCCAACCACUAA